AUGUACUCCGUAUGCCCUGACAAGCGACAGAGCGACAGUCUGCUAUCAACUUUUUCAAGCCUCGUUGGCGCUGGUGCGGUUCACUACGGCAAGUUAUUCCAUCGAGAGAGAGAGCGUGUGUGUGCGUUUGUGGAGGCAUCGCAUACCAACAAGCCGCGCCCAUCCAGUGUAGCGUACGCUCCAAAUGAUCUCAUCAAGCUGGGGCAAGUUAUCGUAAACCCCAGAAUCCCAUACCAGCGUCUCGCUGAACCGCUCCCGCUUGAGGGAAAGCUUAUUCCUCGAAAAGCAGCGGUUGCGGAGUGGAGCGUCUCCAGGGUCAACAGCAACGCCGCCAACGCAGGCGUUUUCGCGCAUAUGCUCGGGCUCCUGACCGCGAAAGCAUCGGCUAAACACUCUCAGAAAGAAACGAGCAAAUGGGAAGGCACACUCUUGGAAACGAGCUUCAUCGAGCUAGAUGAAAAUCCAGAAUACGUGCAGCAAACCGCCACGCAGGUUCCGGCGGUGUCGAAGUGGCUAAGGGAGGACCGGCUGUUUGGGGGAACGGUGUAUAUGAUUACGGGGAUAAAAACGGCUAUCAAGCCGGGCAAAGCCACUUACGCUGCUGUAACUGAAAGGGACAUCGCGGCAAAGCUCGAGGCCACGCUGGCCCUCGAUCCCGGGACAGGAGGGGUUCGACGGCGAAAAUCGGGGCCGAAGCGGGGUAUAAUACCGCUGGAGAUAUCGAUUUACAGGGCACGCCGCAAGAUAGUUUCGUGUUCGCGUAUCAAUUGCGCAAACUCCACAUUAGGUGGUAUCCUAAGCUUUAUUCUUUAG